GAAUCACAUUUCCUUUUUUACCCCAAAAAAACCCUGAAAUCUUUUUAUUUAAAGAAAAAAAUCUGAGAACUGAAAAAUCUAACCUUUUUUUUUGUUGGAUUUACCAGCUGCAGAGAUCAAAAACUUCGUGAUUCAUUCGAACAAUCUAAUUUUACCAGCUGCAGAGAUCAAAAACUUCGUGAUUCAUUCGAACAAUCUAAUUCAGAUUUAUUAUUGGGUCUGGUUAUCUUUUUCUUACCAUAUUUUUUGUUUCCUCGUUAAGACGAUUGUUUGGUAAUGUCGUCACCAGACAUUGUCGGAAUUUUGGAAAACACGAAGGAACUUGAUCGGUUAAGGAAAGACCAAGAAGAAGUUUUGGUUGAGAUCAAUAAGAUGCAUAAAAAGCUUCAAGCUUCUCCUGAGAUAGUUGAGAAGCCUGGUGAUAUUUCAUUAGCAAAGCUUAAGAAUUUGUACAUUCAAGCGAAAGAGCUCUCAGAAAAUGAAGUAACCGUAUCGAACAUUUUGCUUACUCAGUUGGAUUUGCUGCUUCCAUAUGGACCAACAGGGCAGCAAAGAAGAAAGUUAGGCGUGGUGGCAGAAGGUAAUGAUCAGAAGAGGAAGAGGAUGAAAGUUGAUUCAGAUGUAAUAAGACUUUCUCCUUCCAUGAGAAAUCAAAUCGAAGCAUAUGCAAGUCUUAAGGGUGAACAGGUUGCUGCAAGAGUUACUGCAGAGAGUGCUGAUAAGGAUGAAUGGUUUGUGGUUAAAGUUAUUCACUUCGAUAGAGAAACAAAAGAAGUUGAAGUACUUGAUGAAGAACCAGGAGAUGAUGAAGAAGGAAGCGGUCAGAGGACCUAUAAGUUGCCAAUGUUAUGCAUUUUACCAUUCCCAAAGCGAAACGAUCCUUCGAACACCCAAGAGUUUCCACCGGGUAAACACGUCUUAGCUGUAUAUCCCGGGACAACAGCACUCUACAAAGCAACUGUAGUAAGUACCCCACGAAAGGUUAGUUUUUUUGUCACAACCAUAUGCAUCUAUCUUUAUAACUUGUCUUUUUGUCUGAAAACCACUAACCUCGAGCUAUUGAACAUGGAUGUCAAUUCCUCCAACAUCAGAGGAAGUCUGACGAGUAUUUGCUUGAAUUCGACGAUGAUGAGGAAGAUGGAGCAUUGCCUCAAAGAACAGUACCUUUCCACAAAGUGGUAGCUUUACCAGAAGGUCAUCGCCAGUGAAAGAAAACAACCCCGGUAUCCAUGAUUACAUCAGUCUCUUUGUAAAUAAACCGAAAAGCGAGAAAUGAUCGAAGAAUUCAGUAUGCAUGGCAAAAACGCGCUUAGAUUGAGAUAGAAUCAUCACGUUUGUGUGUGCAAUUUAAGUUAAAGCUGUAACCUUUGUGUCAAAGGAGAUGAUGAAAUGAGAAAACAAAAAGAGAAGCCUUUGUUUCUUUCACUUUGAGAAUGUAGAAAAACAAAAAGGGAUCUCUGUUCCAGUGAGUAGAUUUUGACUCAAACCGUCUUUGAAUUACAAAAAAAAUUAACCUCG